CCUCAGAGUCCAGGGCGAGAGAAAAUAGAGAAGAAAUAUCCCAAUCUGUAUUUAUCAUGUUGCAAGACGAAAUAGACUGACAACACCAAAAUGACUAUAUUGCUGCUGUCACGACGUUGCCGGGCCUGGCGAAGACGAGUCUUCAUUCAGGAAGUCAAGCUGCAUUUUUAAAAAAAAGAGAUCGAAACUCCCAGUUGACAAAAAAAAAACCCCGAAGGCGGACUUCAUGAUUUUGAUCAAAGUUGGAUUUUUUUUCUGGAGGAGACCUAACGCUCGACGGUAUUUUAGCAGCGCUAAACAUCAGCUAUGAAGAGCUUAACAACUGUGAAUACCAAGUAGACCUGGAAAGAAAUAUCUGAUGCACAUUUUAAAAGGUACUGAUUGUCAAUGCCAGUUUUUGUCGAUGAAGGAAAAAAGUGAUUGGAAAUCAGAGGUAGUGUUUUGGUCAUAAUGCCAUCGUCGACGCGAAAAGGCGUAAUAAAGGACCAAGAGUUUGCUGAACUUUUUUUUAAAGAAGACCCUGAGGAGCUUUUCUGUGAUUUGCAUGAAAUUGGCCAUGGAAGUUUUGGGGCAGUUUACUUUGCCAGAAAUUCUCGCUCAAAUGAGGUUGUCGCAAUCAAAAAGAUGUCCUAUAAUGGGAAACAAACAACAGAGAAAUGGCAGGACAUCAUCAAAGAAGUCAAGUUUUUACAACAGCUGCGACAUCCCAACACCAUUGAAUACAAAGGCUGCUACCUGAAAGACAACACUGCCUGGUUGGUCAUGGAGUACUGCCUAGGUUCAGCUUCAGACUUGUUAGAAGUUCACAAGAAGCCACUUCAAGAAGUUGAAAUUGCUGCCAUUACCCACGGUGCCUUGCAAGGACUGGCUUACCUACAUUCCCAUAACAUGAUUCACAGGGAUGUUAAAGCUGGAAAUAUUCUACUGACAGAGCCUGGUCAGGUCAAACUGGCAGACUUUGGGUCUGCUUCAGUAGCUUCCCCUGCCAAUUCCUUUGUGGGAACACCUUACUGGAUGGCCCCAGAAGUAAUCCUUGCCAUGGAUGAGGGGCAGUAUGAGGGAAAGGUGGAUGUGUGGUCCCUUGGAAUCACCUGUAUAGAGCUGGCUGAGCGCAAGCCUCCACUCUUCAACAUGAAUGCCAUGAGUGCCUUAUAUCACAUAGCCCAGAAUGAUUCCCCAACACUGCAGUCCACUGAAUGGUCGGAUCCCUUUAGAAGUUUUGUGGAUUACUGCCUACUGAAAAUUCCUCAGGACAGACCGUCAUCUGCUGAGUUACUACAGCAUGACUUUGUUCGGCGAGAUCGGCCUCCCAGUGUGCUGAUCGACCUCAUCCAGAGAACGAAAGAUGCCGUCCGGGAGCUUGACAACCUGCAAUAUAGGAAAAUGAAAAAAAUCCUGUAUCAAGAAAAGCACAAUGGGCCCUUAACAGAGUCCCAAGAAGAAGAGGAGGACAGUGAACAGGCCAGUGGCAAGACGAACAGCCUUGGUAGUAACCACUCCAUCCCCAGUACCUCCAUCAGCACAGGAAGUCAGAGCAGCAGUAUCAACAGCAUGCAGGAAGUGAUGGACGAGAGCAGCUCUGAUAUAGCCAUGAUGAAUGAUUACGAUAGCACGUUAGAGUCAGAGAGCUCAUCUGCCCCGAAAAAGGAUCAUGUAUUCAUAAGGGAUGAAGCUGUCCACAGGGAUCCAAGGCCUGAGCUGCGGCCUACUUCGUCUGACAAGAGCCAGGCUCACAACUACAGGAACCGAGAGCGCUUUGCCACAAUCAAAUCAGCAUCUUUGGUUACAAGGCAGAUCCAUGAGCAUGAGCAGGAGAACGAGCUGCGGGAACAGAUGUCAGGAUACAAGCGGAUGCGGCGGCAGCACCAGAAGCAGCUGAUCGCUCUGGAAAACAAGCUGAAGGCUGAGAUGGACGAGCACCGCCUCAAGCUGCAGAAAGAGGUGGAGACUCAAGCCAACAAUGCAUCCAUCGAACUCGAGAAACUGGCCAAGAAGCAUGCAAUUCACACGGAGAAAGAGACGAAGACAGCAGCGGCAGAUGAGAAGAAGUUCCAGCAGCAGAUCUCGGCACAGCAGAAGAAGGAGCUGACCAACUUUUUAGAUAACCAGAAGAAACAGUACAAGCUCUGCAAGGAGAAGAUUAAAGAGGAGAUGAAUGAAGACCACAGCACCCCCAAGAAAGAGAAGCAGGAGCGCCUGUCCAAACACAAGGAGAACAUGCAGCACACACAAGCUGAGGAGGAGGCACAGCUCCUCAGUCAGCAGAGGGUGUUCUACGAGCGAAACUGCCGUGCCUUCAAACGCAAGAUAAUGACCAAGAGGCACGAGUUUGAACAGGAGCAAAUACGAGAGGAGCUGAACAAAAAGAAGACGCAGAAGGAGAUGGAGCACGCGAUGCUGAUCAGGCACGACGAGUCGACGCAGGAGCUGGAGUACCGGCAGCUGAAGAUGCUGCAGAAGCUGCGCAUGGACCUGAUCCGGCUGCAGCACCAGACGGAGCUGGAGAACCAAAUCGAGUACAACAGCCGGCGGGAGAGGGAGCUGCACAGGAAACACGUCAUGGAGCUCCGACAGCAGCCCAAGAAUCUAAAGGCCAUGGAGAUGCAAAUUAAAAAGCAGUUCCAGGAUACAUGUAAGGUGCAGACAAAGCAGUAUAAGGCACUGAGAAACCACCAGUUAGAGGUCACUCCGAAGAACGAACACAAGACUAUACUGAAAGCACUGAAAGAUGAGCAGACACGCAAACUUGCCAUUCUGGCGGAGCAGUAUGAACAAAGUAUAAACGAGAUGAUGGCCUCGCAGGCGUUGCGACUGGAUGAGGCCCAAGAAGCCGAAUGCCAAGCCUUGAAACACCAGCUCCAGCAGGAAAUGGAGCUACUCAAUGCCUACCAGAGCAAAAUUAAAAUGCAAACAGAAGCACAGCAUGAGAGAGAGCUGCAGAAGCUGGAGCAAAAGGUCUCCUUGCGCAGAGCCCAUCUUGAACAAAAGAUUGAAGAGGAGCUGGCUUCACUUCAGAAGGAACGCACUGAAAGAAUCAAACACCUGCUGGAACGACAGGAAAGGGAGAUCGAGAGCUUUGACAUGGAGAGCACCCGACAAGGGUUUGCAAACCUGGGUACAUUAGACUAUCCUAAAGAGGACUAUAGAUGAAAAAGAUUUGCCAUCAUACCCUGUCCACUUCUCAUUAAAGCUGGGCUCUUUGCUACUGACAUCACCUCCGGACUAGUGCCUGUGCCUAGUGUCCUCAAUAAUCAGGGCCCCUUGUAAUGUUACAAGUAAAUGCUGGAUAACUUUUGGUUGUCUUUUAACAAAUGUCACAGUAUUGAUGUUCAUGUGCAAUGAUAACUUUUGGUGAAACUGAAAAAAAGUGGAUGUACGUUGCUUAAUGAUCAUGCAUUAGAAAUGAUUUGUCAGUCUGUGCAAAAAAAAAUGAAAAAAGAAAAAAAAGACAUUCUCCUGCAGCCUUAUCUUAUACGCUGCUUCUCACUUUUGGUAUUUAUUCAUCAGGAAAUUUUAUUAAGAUUGAGCAAUUUGAUAUGUUUAAAUAUGAACUCAUAUUGUACAUAUUGGUAGUUACACACGUUACUUCUGGGGAAAUUGUGAUUAACAAAUGCUGGAUAACGUAACUCAGCCCAGCAUUUAACUGUAUCAUAAUCAUUUUCUGCUGUAGCAGAUAAUGUGAAUACCAUACAUGAAUCCCAAAACCCAGGUAGCACAUAGGGCAUGGGAUGUUCAUGUAUUUUGUGUAUAGAAGGAUUUAUGGAGAGCUUUUACUUAUUUUCAUAUUGUAUUUUAACUGGUCCUCAGAUCAAUUUUUUAAGAUGAUUUUUUUGUUCAGUAUUUGGAGUUUAAUCUGUCAAUGGGAUCUUCUAUUGGAAUUUUCCAUCUAGAUCAUUAUAUUGCUUUAUCCACACUUUCAAGCUGUGUAUUUUCUUACAAUAAAUCAAAUCAGUAAAAUGCUUUAUUAUUGCAUGCACUUUAAAAUUUUUCAGGUUAUUAAGAAAAGCAUGAAUCUGUCAGAGCUUUUAAUUAUAUUUGUAAAUAAAAGUGCUCACCACAUGUUUGGUUUAAUAA